AUGAUAACAGAAAAGCUCAGUUUGACCUCUGAUGGACUCAUACCACACCAGCAGCUCGCAUGCUGCCAUUCAUACUGUGGCAUACCAUUACGAGGCAAGGAACUGCUGGUUUACAGUCACAUGGACACAGAGCAGCCCUUGCACCUAACUGGCCACCAUGGUGACAUCAGUGCCAUGGCUUUUGGAACAGGCAGCAAGCCAAUCCUCCUCUGCUCUGCCUCUGCUGAUUAUGUCAUUGUCUGGGAUAUUGAACUCUGCCAGAAAAGAACAAAGGAGGGCCUAGUUGCAGCUGGAACAGUUAUUGGGACUUUACUGGGUGAAGUGAUCCAUCUUUCAUUCUGUUUCUCUGAUGAGCGAGUGGCUGCAUGCUCUGGAGCUACAGUACAUAUUCUCAGCUCAAAGAGACAGGAGGUGAAGUCCAUGUUGACAGGUCACCUGGGACCAUUGACAGCAGCAGAAUUUUGUCCCUGGAAUAAGGAAGUUCUUGUCACCAUAUCAGAAGAUCGAACUUUUAAGGUGUGGGAUUUGAAAACAGAAUCAGUUUACUACCAGUCAUUUGUGCUGUCAGCAUUUCCCUUGCUCAGUGUGUUGUUCGUGGAGGAGAGCAGGCAGCUCAUUACUGGCUCAGCUAAUGGAGAGGUGUGGUGCUUUUCUCUUCCUGAUGACUACAAGUGUAAUUUGGUGACCAAAAUGGACAUUCAGAAGUUGCAGAAAAGACACCAAAGGCACCUACAAAAUGUGGCCCAGCAAGCAGGUGGUAUUUCAGCAUCAAAUACAGAUAAAGUGGAGACCUCAACACCUGUCCUCAGAAUGGCUUUAUUUUGUUUCUUUGUGGGCCCCUGCAGGGACAACAGUUGGUUAUGCAUUGGCAGCUCUGAUGGCCUGUACCUGGUUGACCUGGCUUCCUCAGAACUCUUGACUGUGCUAUAUUUUAAAGAUUAUCCCAACUUGAGCAUCACAAUGGCUGGAUCAUGGUCCAUAUCUCUAGGAAGUGAUGCCAGUAUGGUGGUUUUAGUGAGUUCUCUGUUUACUCCAUGUGUGGUCCUGUUGGAGAUAAGCCUGUGUGAGCUGCUGGGCUGGACAAGGGCUGAAGGUGAUGGCCUUUCAGUGAUUCCAAGUUCUCCUCCACUGUUGGAAUCUCCUCUGAAUGCGCAGUUAAAAAAGAAGGAACCUAACCAUCCAAAAAAGAAAGGAGGUGUUAAAGACGGUGUGAAGGAUCAGCCAUUGGUCUUUCACUCAAAAGUGAAGUCAUCAGGAUACACCAGUUCCCCACGAAGGACCAUGUUUUCACCUAAAACAAAUGUUAAGAAGACUUCAUGCUGUACAAAGGCUAACAAAAAUACAAGUCACCUCCUCAGAAAUUAUCCAGCAGAUAGUGCAGCACCGAGUAUUCCACAUACUCACCUAAAGAUAACUAACAAACCAGUUCACUGCAUUCAGUACUCAGGCGAUGGAAAGCAAAUCCUGUGUGGUCUUGGAGACAAUUCAGUGCUAUUAUACAAGUCCUCCCUUACUGGCAAUCCAGCUGUCUACACAGGCCAUGACAAGGCAGUGAGCAGUGUGGGCUGGAGCCACAACAGACAGUGGUGGUUGAGUGCAUCAGAGGACCGAACCCUCCGAGUCUGGAAGCAUGGAAGUCCAGAGCCUGCCAUUACCAUGAAUGGUGAUAUGUUCUCCAAACCAAUCAGAAGUGCUCAAUUUUAUUACUUGGACAAAUUUUUGCUUCUGGCCUCUGGACGCUCGCUGUACCUGUACCUGUAUAACCUGGACAGCACGCGUGAUGACAUCAAAAGAUAUCAGCAAAGGAGUGUUGUGAAAUUGGCAGGAUGCUUUGAGACAAAAUCAGGAGCAGACAUUACCACCUUGUCUGCAAUCAACGAUUUUUUUUCUUACAUUCUUCUAGUGUGUGGCUCUGAUCGGUCUAUCCAGGUAUUUGACAUGAACAAGGGUACAGUUGCCUCAGAGCUGCCCGAUGCCCACAGCAGAGCCAUCCACUGCAUUGCACAGAACAAGGGUUCCAUGUUCAGCGGUCAAGCUCCAGAAUCAUACAACCUCUUCCUCACAAGUGCUGUCACGGAUGGUGUAAAGGUCUGGGACCUUCGUACACUCAGGUGCAUACGUCGUUAUGAGAGCCAUCUAAAUCGAUGUCAUCCGUGUUCUUCAGCUAUCUCACCAUGUGGCCGGUUUAUUGCCUCAGGCUCCGAAGAUAACUGUGCCUAUGUGUAUGACAUCCGCAGCAGCAGCUACCUCCACAAGCUUCAGAAACACUCAGACACAGUGCUAAGUGUGACGUUCAACCCUGCCACACCGGAGCUGCUGACUGGGACCCUGGAUGGGAAGCUGAGACUGUUUCAGCCCAGUGGUGGGGCCUGUCUGUCUCAUGAUAGUGCUGCUGUGCAAAGCAUCCCCAGCGUGGCUUUGUAA